UGUUUUUGUCAAAGUAAAUGUCAGCCUCAAGACUGAAAUCAGUAGGGUGUGGUUUACUACUUCCCAGGACUGAUCUUGAACCACUAACCAUGGCUUUUGUUGCAGCUUCUCAACUACUUCCUCCAUUGAGUUGUAUCUCUGGGCAUGCAGUGCAGUAGGUGGCCAUGAUGAAGGCGAUCAAGAUCUCACACUUCAAAUUCUGUUCAGAUACCUUGGGUUUAAUAACCACAAACUCUCCUACCAUCGCUGUGGAUCAGGGAUCAGCUGGGGAAUUCGACAAGAAACCGAAGUUUCAAUUCAAAUAUACUUUGACUUGCAACCAGAGAUGUAUUAGAGUUUAGAUUCUUUCAUUUGAUUAAGGCAUGGUCUGAAUAUGCGUUGCUUGGCAGCUCGGGUCAGCUAUAAGACUCUGAUCAUCAUCUGCGCACUCUUCACUCUGGUCACAGUACUUUUGUGGAAUAAGUGUUCGAGCGACAAAGCGAUCCAGUUUCCACGGCACUCGAGUAGCGGCUUCCGAGUGGAUGGAUUAGACAAAAGAGCAGCAGCGUCUGAGAGCAACAGCUAUGCCAACCACGUGGCCAGGCAGCAGGCCGAGGAGGGCGGCCCCCAGGAACAGCAGAAAGCGCCCCCUGUCGUGGGUGGCUUCAAUGGCAACGGGGGGAGCAAGGUGCUGGGGCUCAAAUAUGAAGAAAUCGACUGUCUCAUAAAUGAUGAGCACACGGUUAAAGGGAGACGAGAGGGCAGUGAGGUCUUCCUGCCCUUCACUUGGGUGGAGAAGUACUUCGAUGUGUAUGGGAAGGUGGUCCAGUACGAUGGCUACGAGCGCUUCGAGUUCUCUCACAGCUAUUCCAAAGUCUACGCGCAGAGGGCUCCGUACCACCCCGACGGCGUGUUUAUGUCCUUUGAAGGCUACAACGUGGAAGUCCGAGACAGAGUCAAGUGCAUCAGUGGGGUUGAAGGUGUGCCGUUAUCUACGCAGUGGGGACCUCAAGGCUAUUUCUACCCCAUCCAGAUUGCACAGUAUGGGUUAAGUCACUAUAGCAAGAAUCUGACUGAGAAGCCUCCGCAUGUAGAGGUAUACGAGACAGCAGAAGACAGGGACAAAGGCAGCAAGCCUGGUGACUGGUCAGUGCCCAAGGGCUGCUUCAUGGCCAGCGUGGCUGAUAAGUCUAGACUCACCAAUGUGAAGCAGUUCAUUGCUCCAGAAACCAGUGAAGGCGUGUCCUUGCAACUGGGAAACACAAAAGAUUUCAUUAUUUCGUUCGACCUCAAGUUCUUGACAAAUGGGAGUGUGUCCGUAGUUCUGGAGACCACAGAGAAGAAUCAGCUCUUCACUGUGCAUUACGUCUCAAAUACUCAGCUAAUUGCUUUUAAAGAAAGAGACAUCUACUAUGGCAUCGGGCCCAGAACGUCGUGGAGCACGGUUACCAGGGACCUGGUCACUGACCUCAGGAAAGGGGUGGGUCUUUCCAACACGAAAGCUGUCAAGCCGACCAAGAUCAUGCCCAGGAAGGUGGUUCGGUUGAUUGCUAAAGGGAAGGGACUUCUCGACAACAUUACCAUCUCCACCACAGCUCACAUGGCCGCGUUCUUUGCUGCGAGUGACUGGCUGGUCAGGAACCAGGAUGAGAAAGGGGGCUGGCCCAUCAUGGUGACCCGGAAGUUAGGGGAAGGGUUCAAGUCUUUAGAGCCGGGCUGGUACUCUGCCAUGGCCCAGGGGCAGGCCAUCUCUACGCUAGUCAGGGCCUAUCUGCUAACGAAAGACCACGUAUUCCUCAGUUCAGCUUUAAGGGCGACAGCCCCUUACAAGUUUCUGUCAGAGCAGCAUGGAGUUAAAGCUGUGUUUAUGAAUAAACAUGACUGGUAUGAAGAAUAUCCGACCACGCCUAGCUCUUUCGUUUUAAAUGGCUUUAUGUAUUCUUUAAUUGGACUGUAUGACUUAAAAGAAACUGCAGGGGAAAAACUCGGGAAAGAAGCGAGGUUGUUGUACGAGCGCGGCAUGGAGUCCCUUAAAGCCAUGCUGCCCUUGUACGACACUGGCUCAGGGACCAUCUAUGACCUCCGUCACUUCAUGCUGGGCAUCGCGCCUAACCUGGCCCGCUGGGACUAUCACACCACACACAUCAACCAGCUGCAGCUCCUCAGUACCAUUGAUGAGUCCCCCAUCUUCAAAGAAUUUGUCAAGAGGUGGAAAAGCUACCUGAAAGGCAGCAGGGCAAAGCACAACUAGAGCUCACGGCCAAAAUUACUGUUCAGCCUCUGCCGUCCGCAGGACCGACGGGCUCAGCCUCCACAGAAAACAGGCACAUUUUAAGAGGUCGUGUACUAGGUGUUUGCGGAUUCCAUCAGUGCGAUACGUCAUCCCUGACCCAGCCUUGGGAACCGAUCCCGUUCCGUGGUUUGGGUGUUCGGAAACAUAGGUGGUGCUUAGAGCGGGAGGUGCUUAGUCAGCGGGGGGAUGAGGAUGCUUAGUUUGCCCUGCCAGUCACCCUGGACAGCCCCACAGAGGGCCGGUCACUCAGUUUGGGAAAGACUGGCAAGCAGCCGUCACUCGCCAGCUGUCCAGCACGGACCUGCAAACUCAGUGUGGAGCUCUUUUAAAAUGUGAUCAUUUAUAUUUAUAUGGAAAGCAGACUUUAAAUCAUGUGCUGUAAGAACAGUAAAUACGUACUUGUAGCCUGGGUAGUGGACUGUGUUCAACUUUUUACAAAGAUGUUGCUUUUCUAUCGAUUUAUUUCUUGGGAGUGAAUGAGUGUCUGUUGCAUUUGUUCAAUUUGUUAUAUAUGGAGACUAUUUUGAAUUAUGGUUUUCUUGAAAUGUGUAAAUGAAAACACAACCAAUGUUCAGGCUUCACAGUUAUAUAAUGUAAGCACAACUAAGAUGAAACUUGUUGACUGCACAAGAAAUUACAGAAAUGUUAUCUGUUUUAUGAAACUUGAUCUACAAUCAGUAAAGUUUGAUAAUCAGUCUGUCCUUCCCCCAUCCCAUUGUGAUAGCUUCUUUUCUGUCGUUACCUAGAAUUUUGUAUUGCAUUUUAGACUGCACUUGAGUUUUGUCCAUUUUCCAGGGGACAUUUUUGGGACAUUGUUUGAGAAAUGUAUUGCAAACCUAAGUUAGGGAAUGAGCUAGUAAUUUUAAGCCCACCUCCAUUCCCUUUUAGGACUGUACUCUCUUUAAAAAAAAAAAAAUGGUUCCAAUAUUGCAUAUAAGAAUCGUAGCAGGAUUAUUUUCCUACCUAGAUCAUCCUUGAUCAUCACUUUACACACCAUUGAUUCUUUGUCAUCGUUUUUCCCUUUCGAAAUUUGACUUUAAGUUAUUCUAGCUUUUAGGUAGAGGAGACAGGACAGGACUGCCGUUGCGUCCGCGUGUAAUGGGACCUUUGCUUAGGCACUGCCCUCCUGCACCUCACCUAAGCAGGCAUCGCCCUCAGGCUGCAGACAGUGUCUGCUCCAGGGGCUCAAGGCCCUGCGCUAAAAUGAGGGGAGUCUAUUUUACUCUGCCUUUUGUUUUUACGGUAUGCUGAUCACUAAAUCGAUACCGUAGCUGAUAGAGUUUGGACAUAGGAGACCCCACCCCUUUGGGGACUGGGUCUGACAGACGCAGUGCAGUGUGUCUGUGACCUAUAUCGAGUGCACGUUUGGGAGCCGGUGUUGCACACCACACACGGGAUCAUAAUUGAAUUCAGCCUACCAGGCACUGCUUAAAAUCCGGAAACAGCCAGCCCCAGGGCCUCAUGGUUAAGGGGGCCAGAUCCCGUGUGACCAACUGCACAGUUCAAAUGCCAGCCUUGGUACCUUGAAGAACUCAUCAAACAUGUGUUCACGUAUGCCCGAAAUCUCAUCGAAUGGAGAAAUGAAGGGGAAGGAAUGGUGGUGUGAUCGCGCCCCGCUGGUGGGGGCUUUUUCUCUGUCUCUCUGCAAGCACACACACCCUCUAGCAGAUAACAUGAUAAGCCAGGAACUGUAUGCAUAUGUGUACAUAAUAUCUGCAUAUCAGCAACAAAGGGGGGAAGAAAGACCUACACCGAAGACAUUAAACUGACCACAGAGAAGGAGGUUUAAACUCCCAGCGUAUUCAGCGUUGACCUCAACUCUUCAUUUGCCCACAGCAAAAACAGUUGUAGGCUCUUAGGUUUUCCCCUAGCUUUUGACCUUUGUAGUUCUUACACAUUAGAUAUCUCAGCAACAUUUAAAUUUAUGAAAUAAACCUUUUAUUGUCUCAGCAAUAAAAAAUGAGGACUCCCUCAUUUUUAUUUUUAAUGCUGAUGUUCAAAACGAAAUUUCUCCGAUCCGGAAGCCCUUUUUACUUUAUCACGUUUGUUGUUAUUCUGAGUGGUCCAGACUUCUGCUUUGAGUUUUCAUACCGGUCUUCUGAUUGGCGGAGUCCAUGAGAACUUCUGUCUGGUACUGCUUCGGUGACAAAUACCAGUGCCUUAACAGAGGGGCCGUCCUUUUCCCCUGAGGGAGGAGAGACUUUCCGAUCCAGAAGUGCAUCGCCAUUUCGCGACUGUUGGUGUUACACUGCCCCCUGCGUUGCAGCAGCAGCCCGGUGUGUCCUGUGGUCCCAGGAUUUUCUAGAAGGAUGCGUUGACUGUAGCCGCAUUGCCAGUACAGACCAGUGCUUCUCAGACUGUAGGGUGCCUUGGAAUCACCUGGGAGUCUGUUAAAAUGCAGAUCCCAGAUCGUCCACAAAUCCACCGUGAAGCAUCAUCAUCGGCCGCAUUUUGAACAAGCCCUCAGGUGA